AUGGGCAACUGCGUCUCGGCCCAAGACCGGGAGGCGCUUCAGCGCUCCCAGGAGAUCGACAAACAGAUUGAGGAGGACUCUCGGAAGUUUAAGAAGGAGUGCAAGAUCCUCUUGCUCGGCUCGGGCGAGUCGGGCAAGUCGACAAUAGUGAAACAGAUGAAGAUUAUCCACCAGAACGGCUACACCAAGGCCGAGCUCAUGACAUACCGCACGACCAUCUAUCGCAAUCUACUCGAGUCAGCUCAUAACAUCAUCCUCGCCAUGCGCAAGAUUGGCGUCGAUUGUGUCCAUCCAGACAACCGCGCCCGGACAGAGCGUAUACUCGACUACGCAGUAGUCGCGGACUCGGCGUUCAACUUUGACGAGGAGAUGGCGCGCGCGAUAUAUGAGCUUUGGCAGGACCCCAUUAUUCCCGCCAUCAUGGAUCACAGUAGCGAGUUCUACCUCAUGGACAGCGCGAGCUACUUCUUCACGGAGGCGCUACGGAUAGGGACGCGCGACUAUGUCCCGACAGAAACAGACGUGCUGCGUGCGCGACAGAAGAGCACAGGCAUCACAGAGACGCGCUUCACGCUCGGCCCGCUAUCCGUGACGAGCAUCAUCUUUUGCACCGCUCUCAGCGAGUACGAUCAGGUGCUGCUCGAGGAGCGGAAUCAGAACCGGAUGGCGGAGUCGCUGGUGUUGUUUGAUUCGGUGAUCAACUCACGGUGGUUCCUCCGGACAUCCAUCAUCCUGUUCUUGAACAAGAUCGAUGUCUUCAAGAGCAAGCUCCCGAAGGUCCCACUGGAGAAGUACUUCCCCGAAUACACUGGUGGGCCAGAUAUCAACAAGGCGGCGAAGUACAUCCUGUGGCGAUUCAUGCAGGCGAACCGUGCCCGGUUAAGCGUGUAUCCACAUUUGACGCAGGCGACGGAUACGAGUAAUAUCAGACUUGUGUUUGCAGCAGUGAAGGAGACAAUCCUGCAGAAUGCCCUCAAGGAUUCGGGAAUCCUAUGA